AAAACGCAAUAAAUGAGUCUGCCUUGCGGCGUCGGAUUCGUUACUCUAAGCAAGUGGUGCUGGCCAUGGGCGCGUCCCUGGGCAUGGCCACCAUGGGCAUGACGGUCACGUGGCCCAACGCGCUGCUGAGAGACCUGCGUGUGGACAACACGACGCUCGUGGGUACGCGGCUGCACCUGGCCGACUGGCAGAAGGACCUCAUGGGCAGUGUUGUGUUUGUGGGAUCUCUCCCCGGCCUCUUGGUGGCUGGCUGGGUGCUAGGCCGGCUGGGCCGCCGAAGGAGCAUGGCCCUGGGCGCUGCGCCGGGCCUCCUCGGAUGGCUUCUGGUGGCUCUCGGGGCCAACGUCUCCAUGCUGGCAGUCGGCAGGAUGUUGCAAGGCUUCACCUUAGGGAUGGUGUCUGUAGCAGCCACGACCUACAUUACCGAGCUGCCCGACGCGUCGAUCCGUGGCUUCGCCUGUGUUCUUCCAACCUUGUUCUCCGAAGCAGGAAACCUCUUCGUCGCCAGUCUCUCGCUUGUACUGCCUUGGUACCACCUGGCUUUUGUCUGCGCCUCCGUCACCGUUCUCUUCAUUGCCAUUACAUUCCUACUGCCGGAGAGUCCUUCCUACCUCGUGGUUUGCAAAGAGGAAUCACGAGCGCGCAAAGUCCUCGCCAUGUUGCGAGGUCCUGAUGUCGACGUGGAGGAAGAGCUGAGGAUCCUCAAGAAGCAGAACGAGGGCUUGGCGGGCGACAAUCCCGGCUGGCGGUCGCUUCUGAAGGGCGUGGUCGUUCGGCGGGUGCUUGUGGUCGUGGCGCUCUUCCUCAUCCAGAGCUUCAGUGGCCUCAUGGUCUUCGUCUCGAAUGCGUCGAGAAUCCUCCGCUCCGUCGGCUCGGCGAUGGACGAGCGGCUCAGCACCAUCGUCGUCUUCGGGGUCGAGCUGCUGGGAUGCGCCUGCUCGUGCUGCCUGCAGGAUCGCAUCGGCCGGCGGAGGUCCGUGGUCCUCUCCCUUGUGGUCAUGGCGGCCGCUCUUGUCGCCAUGGGCACGUACGCCUUCCUGGCUGGCAACGCAGCGGCGGCGGCCCUGGAGGUGGCGGAUCUGCCGGCGAAAGCCCUCAACAGCACCUUCUAUCUGCAUGUGCCUCGAGAGAAGGGCGAGCAGCUGAGGGUGGUCGCUGAACCGAGCAUGGACGUGAUGAAGGAAGUGGGCUUGGCCGGCUGGGAGUGGGUGCCCCUUGCCUGCCUGGUAGUAUAUAUGUUCGUCAUGUGCCUGGGCAUCCGCACCGUGCCCUACAUCUUGGCAUCGGAAUACUUCCCGACAACCAUCAGGCCUCAAGCAACGAGUGUGUGCAUGACCUUCGCCAGCUUUAUUAUUUUCGCGGCCCUCCAGACGUACAGCCUGCUCCUGGAGGUGCUCACACAGGCCGGCCUUUACUGGACCUACGGCGCCGUGGCGGCCUGCGGGGCGCUCUUCUCCCUGGUCUUCAUCACAGAAACCAGUGGCAAGACCGUCGGCUGAGGUCCGGCAGAGAGACCGUUGGCUGAGGUCUGAAUAAGAGACAGUCAGCUAAUACCUGGGUGAGAGACCGUUGGGUAAGGCCUCGAUGAGAGACCGUCGGCUAAGGCCUGGGGGAGAAACCGUCGGCUAAGGUCUGAAAAAAAGACCGUCGGCUAAGGCCUGGCGAAGAGACCGUCGGCUGAGGUCUGGCGGAGAGGCUAUCGGCAGAGACCCAGGUCUGAAAAAGAGACCGUCGGCUAAGGCUAGGGGGAGAGACCGUUGGCUGAGGUCUGAAAAAGAGACCGUCAGCUGAGGUCUGGCGGAGAGACUGUCGGCAGAGACCCAGUAGACAAGACCAGAGACCAUCGGCUGUGGCAAGCGGCUAAUGCCCGGCUGUCCAGUCGGUGGUAGAAUCUGGGCUCUCAGACUCAGGACUGCCUGUCUACCUCAUCGCAAUAAAAGUUAAUGGCUCUGUCUAAACUGUUUUGUAAUAUGUGGUUUUAGUUGUGCAAAAGACUAAUUUUCUGAGAGGUGUUGUUACAGCCUUGUAUGUGUAUUUUUAAGAGGAUCCUUGAAAUCCUGAGAUUCCCUGUGUAACCAAUUUUUCUUGGUCUACUAGGUACAUUGUUGUUUAAGAGGCAAUAAUGUGCACGAUCAAUGUGACUUUUAAAAUGUGAAUGUUUCCGGAUUUAAGAGUAAAACCAUCUAAUGUUGA